CGGGUUCGGCCGCUGUGGACGGGGAGUCCAGGUCGUGCUGCGCUGAUGCUGACCUCUCCCUGCCCCUCCCUCUGUGUCCCAGCUCCGCUGCGCCCAGUCUUCCCACAGUCCUGCCCGCACGCCUCUCUGCCCCGCGCACCCCCACGAUGGGCAACGUCUUCGCCGCCGGGGCCCCCUCCGCGCCCCCUCCCCCCGCCAGCAGCACCCCCGCCGGGCCGGGCCUGAUGUCGGUGCCCCCAGGCUUCACCAUGCCACCCAUGUCCUCGCUGGGCCCCGCCGCCACCGCCGACCAGCAGGGCGGCGACAGAGAGGGAGCCCUCUCCAACCCGGGCACCUUCGAGGAGUGCCAUCGCAAGUGCAAAGAGAUCUUCCCAGUGCAGAUGGAAGGAGUGAAGCUAAUAGUCAAUAAAGGACUGAGCAAUCACUUCCAGGUGAACCACACAGUAGCUCUGAGCACGAUGGGAGAUUCCAGUUACCGGUUCGGUGCCACUUACGUCGGAACCAAGCAGACCGGACCUGCUGAGGCCUUCCCUGUGAUGGUGGGCGACAUGGACAACAGCGGCAGCCUGAACGCACAGGUCAUCCACCAGCUGACCAGCAGAGUCCGGUCCAAACUGGCCUUCCAGACCCAGCAGUCGAAGUUUGUGAACUGGCAGGCAGACGCGGAGUAUAGGGGUGACGACUUCACUGCCGCGGUCACUCUGGGGAACCCUGACAUCAUCAUGGGCUCAGGUAUUGUAGUUGCCCACUUCCUGCAGAGUGUGACCCCGAGCCUGGCCCUGGGGGGGGAACUGGUGUACCACCGGCGCCCAGGGGAGGAGGGCACAGUCAUGUCCCUGGCGGGCAGGUACACAGGCAGUAAUUUUGUGGCCACGCUGACAGUAGGGGGCGCAGGCGCUCACGCCACAUACUACCACAAAGCCAACGAGCAGUUGCAGGUGGGGGUGGAGUUUGAAGCCAGCACUCGCAUGCAGGACACCAGUAUGUCAUUCGGUUACCAGUUAGAUCUUCCUAAAGCAAACCUGCUGUUUAAAGGCUCAGUGGACAGUAACUGGAUUGUCGGGGCCACCCUGGAGAAGAAGCUGGUGCCCCUGCCCCUCUCUCUGGCCAUGGGCGCCUUCCUCAACCACCAGAAGAACAAGUUCCAGUGUGGAUUCGGGAUCACCAUCGGCUAGACGGACAGAGACCGAGUGGCUGACCUGUGGACACAAAACACAUCGACAUGCCAAGGCCGACAGAGACGCGUGCAGAGAGACAGGGGGCA